AGGGGAGGACUAAAACAUGAUGAUUUGUUCAGUAUGUGACCGAAAACGGAGUCUUUCCGUGCAUACGUCUCUCCCUGUCUGUCUCCAGAACAAAGUGACCCUUCAGUCAGCCCCUGUGGGGCUUUCAGCCGCACAGAGAGUACAGAAUGCGAGCUAUACAAACAAACAGGAGCGUUCUCUCUCUCUCCCUGUUUCGCUCACACACACUAAAGGAGGGAGGAGUGUGGAUUCCUGGUACGGAGAGGUGCAGAUCCGAUCUCUUGCCUCUUCAUAGCUCCUCCCAGAGUCGUGCAGCUGCCUGGCAAGUGCUUUCCGGAAGCAAUAUUUAAACAGCUACAGUGUAACAUGUGAGAAGCAGGGGGAUCUGGAGGGCCGUGGCGCUGCGGCUCCUGAGGGCGGAAUGGGUGGUUUGUCACGUACAGAUCGGCAGGCGGGAAGGCUCUGAGAGCCAGAUGAGCUUCACACGCUGCAAAGCGCAAGCGGAAGAAGGCGGCUGUCGCUCUCCCCAGAGCACUAGCUCAGCCGAGCCCCUCCAGCCAAGUAUCGACUCCGCUGCUGACAGAACCCAAGGCACGGUCUCCUGCUUCAUCUUCCUCCCUCUCGCCCCGGGCGCUGCUGCUGGCUCUCGGGGAAGCCGCGGAGCAGCUUCAGGGCUGCGCUGUGACAGGAGGGUCAGCUUGGCUCUUGUGAGGCUCUGGGAGUUUGAAAGUGAUUUGGAAAGAGCAGAGUCCGUGUCGGAUGGAUGUUGAACUGGAGCCAGCCUGUGUUGUGCAGCAGGCCCACUGUCCAGGGAUGAAGUGCUCUCCUUCAGAAGACUUCCCCCCACAGAUAGGGCUGUCUGAUAAGAUCCCACCAGUAAAGCCUUGCUUCAAGAAGAAGCAGCAAGUGCAGAAGAGGCUGGACACAGAAACUCUCAGGGCUUUGCGGCCAAUCUUCACCAGUUUGCUGGGAGCUGGGAACCUGGAUGGAGUCUUUGUGCACAGAGGCCAAAGUGGAGGUCAUAGCAAUUUAUGUGAACCCGUUGUGAAAAAGGCCCUAGGACUCAGUGCCCCUUGUCCCCAGCCGGGCAGCAAUGUGGCUGUGCUGAUGCCAGGAGCUUCAGAUGUGCAAGGUCAAAUCCCAGAGACUCAUCCUCCCCCUGGUCACCCUGAGCAGGAGAUUCAGUCUGGGGUUCAGGGCUUCCCAUCCGAAACCAAUCCUGGGACUGCUGCUGAUUCCACUAAUGAAUCAUUCCAGCAUCACCCCUUUCACUCAGUCUCAAGUGAUGCUGCAGCCUGUCCAGUGUGCCCAGACAAGAUACUCGAAGGCUACACAUCUGGAUUAUUCCAGGAGAAUAGCUGCUUGAUGCAGUACAAUUUGAACCCAAAUGAUGAAUUCAAUGCUGGGCUCUUCCAGGACAAAAGCGAGGAGGCUUCACUUGAUCUUGUGUUCGAACUUUUGAACCAGCUGCAAUAUCACACCCACCAGGAGGAUGAGAUAGAGAUCUGUGUGGAUUUUCUGCAGGGCAAUUGUAUUUAUGGCAGUGACUGUCCCAAACAUCAUACUGUGUUGCCAUAUCACUGGCAGAUCAGGAGGACUGCUACUCAGACCUGGCAAAGUGUGACCAAUGACUCUCAGGAGCAUCUGGAAAGACUCUACUGCAACCCAGACAAUGACAGGAUCAAAGUGAAGUACCGGGGACAUGAGUUUUUGGUAGAUCUGAAUAUUAUGAACUUGUAUGAAACCAUUGAGUUUGACCAAAUGCGGAGGCUGUCCACACCAUCCUGCACCAGUUCCAAUUCCAACUACUACACAGUCUGGAAAUACUUCUGCAGGGACCACUUUGGCUGGAGAGAGUACUCAGAGCCUGUUGUACGAUUAAUAGAAGAAGCCAACUAUCGGGGUCUGAAAGAGGUCCGGUUUGUUACCUGGCACAAUCAGUAUAUCUUGAACAUCAAAGAUGGCUUCCAACAAAAUGCAUGUUUCCGAAGAGAAAUUAAGAGGAGACCCCUUCUUCGCUCAUGUGUUGUGCUGAUGCCAUUCUUACAGACUCUGGGUGGCAAUCCUCCAAUACCUUCUACAUCAGCUGAACCAGCCUCUUCACAAGUCUUAUCUCCGACUGCUAUUACCUCUCCAAACCUUUAUCCUGAAACUUGGAUUAGUAUGGAUCCAGCUCAGGACUUCAUCCAAGUGCCUGUUUCUAAGGAAGAUAAAAGCUACAGAACCAUUUACAAUCUGUUUCACAAGACUGUGCCAGAGACCAAAUAUAGAAUUUUGAAAAUACAAAGAGUGCAAAAUCAGUUUCUCUGGGAGAAAUAUAAAAGGAAAAGGGAAUAUAUGUCUAAAAAAAUUACAGGGUUUGACAGAAUAAUGAAUGAAAGGCACCUGUUCCAUGGUACCUCCCAGGACGUAGUGGAUGGAAUCUGCAAGCACAACUUUGAUCCACGAGUCUGUGGGAAGCAUGCCACCAUGUUUGGACAAGGCAGUUACUUUGCCAGGAAGGCGAGCUACUCUCAUAACUUUUCCAAAAGGUCACCCAAAGGAGUUCAUUACAUGUUUUUGGCUAAAGUACUGACAGGAAGAUACACAGUGGGCAAUCAUACUAUGAGAAGACCUCCACCUGUGAACCCUGGCAGCAUCACCAGUGACCUUUAUGACUCUUGUGUGGACAAUUACUUUGAACCUCAGAUCUUUGUCAUUUUUAACGAUGACCAGAGCUACCCUUAUUUUGUUGUUCAGUAUGAAGAAGUUAGUAACACUGUCUCCAUUUGAAAAUCCUCCAUGCUGCUAAAUUAUUCAUUAUAAUGAACUUUUAUCUGACAUUUAUAGUAGUUUUUGUGAAAAAACAUGGACUUUGCAGAACUGAUUAAAGUUAGUGGCUUGGAGGAGGGCUUAAAAAAAUAAAAAAGAAAGAAUCCUGAAGUGACCAGUUGUGCACUUGCUGUUUGAUUAUGUAUGCGCAAAUUGUAAAUAUUUCCCCAUCCUUUUGUUAUAAAACCCUGUUUAUUUAUGUUAGUAAAUAUUCAUGUUUAAAAAAA